UAUUUCUUUAUAGAAAUGUUCACUGGUAGCACUGUAAUCUUACGACAUAUUGGUAACUCUGCUGAAUGUGUGCAGUUUGCCUUCUGCUUUUACGUCGUUGCUGAAAGAAAGAGCAAUAAUCAUGGGUAAACACUUUGGAGAGCUCGCCAAGAUCAGUGGCAUUGUCACGUUUCGUCUCAGUCCACAUGAACAAAAAGCUUUUGCUGGAAUGAUUAGCCAUGGUAUCCCUAACAUGUUCAGAAGGUUUAGUGAGAAUGUAUUUCGUGUAACUCCACCCUUUAUUGUUAGUUACUUGUGGUAUGACUGGGCAAAAAAGGAUCAUGAGAAACAGACUCGAAAGAAUCCCAAAAAUUAUGAAAAUGAUGUAUAAAUCAUCCCUUGUAAUAAAACAUUAGUACGAUUUUGUUGUAAGUUUACAAUAUGUCUCAACAGUAUGGAGGAAAAUGACAGUAAUGUAAAAUAAUCUACUGUAUGAGUAUACUUUUUCUGUCAUGUAAAUCUCUAUCUCAGUAAUAAAUUUAUCCCUACAAAACUAAAA